AGCUCAGCAGGUAAACUCUAAUACCGAGGUCUCAUAAACCCUAAAGAAAUUUUCAAAAUACAGUUACACUGAAGCUUCAAAACAGCUUUAGGAAAACGUUAAGUGGACUGCAUUAUUACGAAAUAGUUGAGAAAGAUGAAAUUCAAGUUAAUUUGUUUUAAAUAAAACUAUAUAUUUUUUCAAAUCCAAUAGUGCCUUUCAGGUGUUUACAAAUUUAUUGAUUGCGGUGAAAGAAAACCCACUCAAGCAGGAAGUACUGAUGGAGGUCCUGGCGGAAGUGCCACGUGUUAAACACUGCCUCUUGAAACAGAUAGGAAGGGUGUGUGUCCUGUACAGCAGGCUCAAAGGUUGAUACAUACAACUUCCUGUUCAAAAAGGUCUUCUUUCGUUGCAAAUCAGUAAAUUCGUAAGCACAGAUGACCUCUGCGUGACACCAUCAUUAUGUUCCUAAAAAAUCUCUCAAUAUGCAAAACAAAGAAUAAGUACAUGCAAAAAGUAAGGUUAAAUUCUACAAAUUAACAGUUAUAUAUGUAUGUAUGUCCAAUGCCGUAGACAACUACAUUGUCAAGACCUACGGUUCGUUCGAUGGAACGUAGUCACCUUAUGUUACCAAAGCUGUCUAUUGUUUCAAAUAUAUUCGCAUGAGACAACCUACAUAUCAUUUAGACGCUAAAUAUGCUUGAUCGCGACGAAAACAAGCGUGCUCUUACGUUGGUUCCUGGUAUUACAUAGUGGCUGUGGACGACUCAUGCUACGCAUAAAGUAUGAGUCAAUUACCAAAGCAGUGUAAGAUGAGGCGAAAUAAAUGUUAAACGCAAUUAUAAGUGCAAAUCGUUUUAUCAGUGCCACGGAUUUCAUUCCUCAGUGUGUUUCAUAUCAUUGUGCAAAUUUCGUUCUGCAUCGUGACAUCUGCUCACGAACCGUAACUUUCGUCGUUGGAUCAAACUAAAUAACAAAGUUGAAUUCUCCACGGGACCUAACCUCCUUUCAAAACAUAUUAAUGAAUUCGUUGAUGCGUUUAAAUGGUCAAGGUUCGUGAAUUUCGAUUAUGCCGGAAAAAAUACGUAGUUUUUGAAAUAUUUAUCUUUCAUUAAAAAUAUUAAAAUUAAAAUGACAUGAAAUAUAAGUUUAAAUUUGUCCGCCAGUCGAGAAUUAAAAGAAGUGUAUAAGUAUUGAAUGUUUCGACCUUGUGAAUGGAGUUUCUGUCAAAAUGACAGUCAAACUAAAUUGUGAACGAUUGUGGUAAAAAGUGAAAGAAAAUGAACGGGAUACGAUAAUACGAUGUGGAAACACGAUAACCGUCUGAUUGGAGGUUAUUUAAGGAGAAGAGUUCUGGUGAAACGAAGAAAACAUUGACUCUAACUACUUUUAAUGUAUCACUGUGUGAGGCGUGUGUUGGAGGUUAACCACAUGCGUGGCAAUUUCUAUGGCGGAUAUUUUUAAAAGUUAUACCAAAAAGAAAAUGAUUAAAAAUGAAGAAAUUCCAAAAUUGAGCAAUGAUGCAUCAAGAUCAUCGAUUAUUGAAUUAUUUCCUUGGAUUUUAAAAUUCAGACAAAUGUGCAAAUGUAUAUACACGUACAAAAGUAUGGCAUCUUUAACAGAACUUAUGCAAUUUUAUGUGAGAAAUGUAAGUGCUAGUGUGAAUGAAUGUUAUACAAAGCCUUUAAGAGCUGAAAAAUUAAAGGACUUUAUUAGCGAAACUUUGGUGUUAUUCUUAUAUAUUUAUCGGGAGCUUUCUGAGGAUCAAAAUAGAUUCAUUUAUUUAAGUAACAUGUCAGACCUAUUAGCACUGUAUAUAGACAUGGAGUUGAAGGCAUCUAGAAAAAGAAUAGAGGAUCGUGAUAAAAUUUGUGCAAGACUUACUUCUUGUCUCUAUGUUUAUUUAGACCAUUCAGUUGAGCAUUUAUUAGAUACUUUAAUGAAAAUACAAUUCAUGUGUCAGAGCUAUCAUGAUAUUUUGGACCCAGUAAUAACGAAAAUAAUGAAAAAUAUUCCUGCACACCCAGAAACAAGUAUCAUGUAUCUCCGUUAUUUUUUAAUUUAUUGCUUGUGGAGGAAAAUAAAUGAUGAUGUGGCUGUAAGAAAUCAGAUAACAGCUACUGCACUUGCAUCUCUGGGGCCACUGCCAUCUACAUUUUCACCAAGUAUAUUAGGAGAUGUAUUACCAAAAGUGCCAAAAAAUCAACAAAAUUCUACAGAAACUCUACUGCAGCACAAAUUUGAUAUAAAAAAACAUUGUGAAAUAUUUCUACAGUACUGCAGAAAAAGCAAUGGAAGUGUAUGCCAGAAGGACGGACCUGCACCUCUCACUGAUUCGUCCAGUAGUAUUAACUCAAAAAUGCCGGAAGAUAGCGCAGUUAAACACAUAGAGCAUGUAGAUAAUGUAAAUUCAGUAAUAUCAGAUAAAACUAAGCAAAACGAGUCUAUUUCUAUGCUAAAAUCUUUGAAAUUUCAUAAUUUGGAAGAAAAAACUAGUUUUAAAUGUUUAGGUAGUUUUUCGAAUAAUAUUUCAACAAAGCAAAUUAAUCCUAAUCUUAUUAAAUCAAAUAAAAAUUGUUCACAAAGAAAAUGUAAAAAGUCCAAUGAAAUUGUAAUAAUCGAUUUAACUAGCGAUGUAGUACUGGAAAAAUGUAUAAAGAAAAGAAAGUUGAGAAAAUUGCCGUGGUUAGAAGAGGCGAAGAAAAGGAUUGAUAUGAAGAUAGUGAAGUCAUCACAGAAGAUGAAGAAGAAAAAGAAGCACAACCAAGAGAAUGGAGAUCGUAUUCAGAAUCCACUGAAUAUGUUAAGGAGUUACCACACGAAAGAUACACUUCAACCAUCAAAUUGCGUGGAAAAAGUCGUUUCAAGGAACGAUUCAAACACUUGCCAGUCGGUUGGUGUUAAAAGUAAUGAGAAUAACAUUGAGAUCAAUGUCGAGUUGGUAAAUUGUACAGAGAAUACGAGAAAAUUAAACGGCACCGAAGUCAAUAUUAAAGAAGUAAACGUGAAAGUCUCGCCGGGAACUGUUGCGCCAGUUUUAACAAAGAUUUUCUCAUCGAAAAAGCAAAUAUCAAAAAUAUCAGAUAUCGUUAUUAGUAAUAAUUAUUUAAAUAACGGCGAUGUUUCGAAUGUACAGAGCGACGAAAAAGAAAACGAUAGAUUUAAUAAACAGACUGUGAUUAAGCGACUGAUAGAAACAGACAUUUUCCCCGAGUCUGAAGCGUGCGAAAAAGUUGAAAGUUUUAAAAAAAUCUGUGAUCUAGAAACGGAACGGCCGGGUGUAAAUAAUACCGCUGGAUGUAAUCAGUAUUAUUUGAAAGGCGAUCCCGUUAAAUCUAAUCGUUCUAAGUUUAAUGUAAUUAGCGACGAAAUGACUGAGAAAGUUACAUUAUCGAUAAACGAGGAACACGAUCAGGAUAUUUCAAGUGACGAAACGUUACGCAAUGUUUGUUCUAGCGAAACAACAGGCUAUACUAAUAACAUAGUUAAUUCUGAAAUUAAACAAAAAGAAUUGGUCGCGACGCAAAGCUACGAUACAAAAGGUACGACUGUUACUAAAGCAGCAGAGACUUUUGAAAUCAAAGAUACGCAGCAAUUAUCGCGUGAAAAUUCAGUGACAGAAGAAAAGUUUGAAUCGCAAACAGAAUUGAAAUCACUAAAAUCUGCUAACACAAUGGAUGAAUCGAAGAAGGAACGAUAUUGUGCGCAAAUAGAAUUAGAAAGUUAUAAUUAUGAUGAGGCGGACAAUGAUGUAACGGGAGAUAAAUCAAGCAUUGCUAAUAGUAGAGAAUCUAUUUUCGAAUCUUAUUCUAUAAAUAAAAAAGAUAUUUCUAAUACAAUUAAUGCAACGUGCCCGAGUGAAAAUUCUUGUAAAAAUUUUAAUAAAUCCAUUGAUAAGAAAGACGUUCCUGAAGAGAUGUCCCGCUCGUCAUCAGAGGUAACGUCGAAGGGAGAGUGUGACAAUUCAUACAAAGUAACAGAUCAGGUAAAUGUACGUAAUAGUACCGAUAAUAAAUAUAAUAUCGUUCAAGAUUCCGAAUUACAAGAUAGUAUCGAUGGUCUGUCGUUGUUGGCUAGCGUUUCGCAACACGUACCUCACUUAAAACCUGAAUCCGAGGUAAAGUGUGAACAAAUAAAGGUAAAAGAUUACGCAUCGUUGAAGUACACGUGUUACAAUCAAAUCACCGACGAUGAAACGGACACGAAUGAUUCUUCGAACACCGUGUCUCAGUUAUUGGAAAAUCCAUCCUCAGAAAUCAUCAACAGAAUCGUUGGUAUUUACCCGGAGGAUGCGUUAAACAAGGUACUUCACGUUGAAGUAGCGUCAAACGACACGGACGAUAAUAAAUUGUGCAAAAUAGCUUCUAAUUCUGAAGCAGAGGUAAAUUAUGAAACGGAAAUGUUAACGAAUAAUUUCGCUCCUACAGAGAGCAAUACACAGACCGUGAAAGAGAACACAAAUGUGAUACUUAACGGAGAGACUGUGGUUUUAUUGCAGAAGUCACCCAACAGCAAUUUGUACAUAAUAAACAAAGCUGUGGAGAAUUCAAAGGAUCACAUCAACGACGAAGACGGUGGUAAAUCGAAGGAAAAAUCUUGGGUAUCCUCGUCUGAAGAGUGUGGACAGUUCGAAGCAGUUGCUUCCCUGGAUCAUGCAUCGUACAAUUUAGAAUUAACCUUGUACAAUAAAGAAUUACCAUACCAAGAGAACAAAUUCAGUUCAGUAGCGAGAGGCAAAGGAAUCAAGGUAGAGCCGGAGGACGGUAAUUUCUCAGAUUCAAAAUCUUAUUCUGCAAAGGUUUCGCUAUCCACCGAAAUGCUUCCCGUCAAUUCCCAGAUGUAUCAGGAUGUAAAUGCAAUGAGCAAAUCGAUCGAUAAGCGGAAAUCCUCGAAUCUCGCGUACCGUCAGAAUAUUAAACAGGAGUAUAGCAACAUAUCCAAUCACAUCCCGUCGAACUGCGUCAUUCCGGGGUGCAAUAGAAUUCAUUCGCAUUCUCACGACGUCGAUGCUCAACACCCUCUCCACAUACCCGCCACUCAUCCGACCACGUUGCCACAGAUUUAUGGUAAUUACCCUGGAAACGCGGACUUGUGCGUACCGUAUCACAAACACUGCACCUCCGUAUCGUGCAACCUACAAAUCAACAACGCCACGUCCCUUUGCUCUCAUUCGAAAUCGAGCAGCCCGUGCGGAAGGUCGCGUUGUUCUUGUUUAAAUUGUACGUACGAUAUCGUCACGCAUUGUAGACAAUGUAUACAUCCGAGCGCGGAUACUCGCGUGUCUUGUAUCGAAAGUACUCCGUAUUUCUUGCCGGCCCAGUCGCCAGUACAAAGCCCUACCGUCCAGGAGCAUGAGAGAACGAAAAGCGAGACCGUGAUAGGGAAACGGUACGAUGAUCAGUUGUUGUGUAAAAUAGAGAAAAGCCUGUUGCAGAGUAACACCUUGGAGAAGCUCGAGGUGCAAUGCGACUCUAAGAAGGUAUUCAGAAAGGAGGCGGAUAACAAGUUGCCGUUGAAGAAGAGGUUGAAGGUGCACGCUAUGGCGUACGAGGAGGUGCCGAUUAAAGCCGAGAGGAUGGAUAAUUAUCCUGCUGUGCCUAUGAUGUCGAUAGCUGCUUUAGAAGCAUCAGAGAGUAGUCAAAAAAGAUCUGUUCUUAAGAGCGAAUACCAAUUGUUUCCCACUAGCAAGGAGGAUCCUCGUGAUGGAUAUCAUUGCGAUUCUGGCUUAGCGAGAAGAAGUUACUUAAAAGACUCUGCUACACGUCAAAAUCUUACCAAAGAGAAUACGAGGAAGAUCGAACGUCAAUUUCGUUCGGCAAACGAUCAGCCUGAUAGUACAUUGUGCCAAGAAUCUUGCCUACAACGGACAGUGAAAACGAAAGUGGAGGGCAAAGAAAUGAAUUUGCCUGAUAUAACGUCGUUAAAAAGAUUCGAAAUGGAGUCGAUGGGGGAGGAUGGAACGUAUAAAAAGGCUAAAAAGACACCCUUAAGACAAACGAGAAGUUCAAAGAGAAACGUUCCUAAGGUAAAUUAUUCUUACACCGAUGUUGAUCCAGAAUGGAAUCCGUCCGGUGAGUCAAAACGCAAACGUAAAAAGACUAGUCGAUGAUUGAUACCGCCUCGUUAUAACGAUUCCCUAUUGUAAGAAAUGUUUGCUCGGAAUUCUAAUUAAAAAAUAAAAAGCAAGUGUACAUUAAUCUGAUAAGACUGGCAUUGUAAAAUUUGUAAAUAUUGUACAAACGGAGGUGAAUCGUCACGGGAAGAUUCGUGCGCGUAGUACAACUUCUGAAGAUCAACGUCAGUGAAGAUUUUUUGGAAGGACCUCGAUGCGUCAACCUGGAAGAUAUUUAGAGAUCAUAUAGAUCGUACAUGUGUUCACGUUAGAUUUUAUACAAAAGCUAUAAAAGAUCAUUUAAUGUUUAUAAAUUUAUUGUGUAUAAGACUGGGCAGUAUUAUACAUUCUUUUUCUAUUUUUUUUUUUUUCCUUUUUAAUUUGCUCACUUAUACUUAGUUUCUUAACAAAUCUCAUUAAUUUAAUGAAUUUAAAAUUAUUUAAAAAUGAAUUUUAACUUUUAAAAGGACUAGAUUUUGUAUAUUCUGAAAUGAAUUACUUUUGUAUAUACAUAAUUCUGUACAUAUACGAUAUAGUAAUGCAAAGUAAUAACAUGCUGAAAUUUCAAUUUUAUCAAUAUUCUACUGAAGUUCUAUGAAUUAUGUAAAUUCAGAGAAAUAAGACAACCAGGCUGAUGAUAAAAUUAAAUGUUGCCAAACAAGACUUGAAUAGGUAAAA